GGAACUCCUGUGUCCGCGUUGUUUGCUCAGCCGGGCAGCUUUAGCUGCUGCACAAAGUCAUGCUGUCACAUGCACUGCAUGCCUGCCUAGUGAAUACAGAGGGUUCUUAGUGCAGGCUGUAUUAGAAUAGCCCACUAACCGGGGUCUUAGUGCAGGCUGUAUUAGAAUAGCCCAUUAACCGGGCACUUAGUGCAGGCUGUAUUAGAAUAGCCCAUUAACCAGGUUCUUAGUGCAGGCUGUAUGAGAAUAGCCCACUAACCGGGGUCUUAGUGCAGGCUGUAUGGGAAUAGCCCACUAACCGGGCUCUUAGUGCAGGCUGUAUGAGAAUAGCCCACUAACCGGGCACUUAGUGCAGGCUGUAUUAGAAUAGCCCAAUAACCAGGUUCUUAGUGCAGGCUGUAUUAGAAUAGCCCAAUAACCAGGUUCUUAGUGCAGGCUGUAUUAGAAUAGCCCAUUAAUCAGGUUCUUAGUGCAGGCUGUAUUAGAAUAGCCCAUUAAUCAGGUUCCCAGAGUUCAAGGAGUCCAUGGUCUGAUUGACACAAUGGUUUGGUGCUCCAGGAUCCUGCUCAGGAAGGUUCAUAUCUUUACCAUCACUGAUUCCUUGUAAAGCCAGUCUGAAGCUGUUGGUUCUUAUAAUAUUAAUCUGUGGUUGAGCAGGUGUUUCUGUCUCUAUUUACAAUCAGUAAUAUUUAGUAUUCCUGUGUAAAUCCCAUUAUUAAAGGCAAGCAACAUCUGUGAGCAUGACACAUUUUCACCUGGCAAACUUUUAUUAAAUGUCCAGCACCCCUAAAGUCUUAAAACAUUUAUUCCAAUACUGUCAUGCUUUGCUGAUAACUUUCUGAAAUUUGUCACUUCUCAGGGAGUAAUACUGUUGCAUAAUAACCGUGACUUAUGAAAAUGAUGUACUGCACUGUUUCUAGCAAAGCACAAUUUAUGGCGUGUAUUGCAUCGGAGGUGUAUGACAAAUAUUUUUUUUAAAUUUUAGCUAGUAAUGUGUCAAUACCUUGUGUUUUUCAGUGAUUGCAUUAUUUUGUACCAAGUUUCUAUUCGAAGACAUUUUAAUAUCAAAGAUGAGAUAGAUGUUAUUGAUGUAUUUGCUCCUUUUCUUUUAGUAUGGCAACUUCAUAGACAAUUUAAGAGUCCAUGUGAAAGGUGGAACUGGUGGAAUGGGCCUUCCGCGCUUGGGUGGCGAAGGAGGAAAAGGUGGGGAUGUAUGGUUGGUGGCAAGCAAGGAGGUUUCUUUAAAGAAAAUCAAGGACAAAUUCCCACAUAAACGAUUUGUGGGCGGUGUGGGCAACAACAGUAGGUGAGUGGCAAACACAUAGGGUGUAGGUAACAUUUAUGAUUUGGUGGCGCUUUGGCAGAUUGAAGAAUUUAUAGAGCUUGUUGUUCUUGUUUAAUUAUACAGCCAAAGAUACAUUUUGUAACACGGCACAACUAUUGCCCAUUGUACCAAAUGAAGAUUAUUUAUAGCUUUAUCAAUUAUAGGUUUAGGGAGACUUAGAUGUGAAUUUUACUAUUUGUAUAACUUGCAUUACAUAUGUAGCUUAUAAAUAUAUAUACACACAUAGGGGUGUGCACCCUAAAGCACAAACACACACGUCACGUUCGGACGUAUGUAUGUACGUAUGUACACUGCUGUGUGUGUGUGUGUGAGAGAGUGCUGGUAGUGUGCUGUGUGUGAGGGUUCUGCUAGUGUGUGAGGGUAUUGUUAGUGUGCUAUGUGUGAAUUUGUUUGGGAUGAUUGUGUGUGGGGAGGGGACUGAUUAGGAAAGGUAAGAAGUAUCCCCCUCCCUUCCUACCUUUUGCCUGGGAGGGGGGAUCAUUGCUGCCAUCCCUGAUCCCUGGUGGUCUUAGUGGUGAGAGUGAACUCUAGCAUGCAGGGCUAGAGUUCACUCUCGUGAGAUCUGAGCGUUGCCGGCGCAUGGAGGCACACAGCAGGGCCGGCGCUCGGAUAGCGCCAGCUCUGCAUGGACCGACAGGAAAUCCUGUGAUCUCCCCUGCCGACCUCGAUCUAGGCACGGGCCGCAGGGAUUAGGGUGUGCCCCGGCACACCCUGUGCACACGCCUAUACACACACACAUUCAGAGUUCAUUCGUUUUGUGUAAUUUUUCCAAUUCUUAAUGUUUUAUUAUUAGUUAGAAUGUUAUAUAGCUUCCACUUUUUACCACCUUUCUUUACACUUGUAUGUGUAAUUUAGCUUUCUCGACCAUAGAAAAAUAUAGUUACAUGGCUUUGGAAGCUUGCUUAUUUUCAGAGGUUGCGUACAGAAAGUGAAGCCUGGAUUGUAAAGUCAUUGUUUCAUUUAAACAGCUGUAACUUGAAAAAGGAAUACAGCAAUAAAGAAAACAUAAAAUACAAACUAUUUAAAAGUAUUUUUAAUAUACAGAAAAAAGUAAGGUUGUUUUUUAAUUUAGUGCUUAAGCACUGUCAAUGCCUGAGCUGUGUGCAUACCUUUGAUAAGGAAGACUUUUUUUGGCAUGAUGGAGCGUGGCUACUAAGGCAGGCUUUUAAUGCAGCAUGCUGCACAAAACAUUUAUUUUAUGCAAAAACUAAAAAAAUUUGAGCAUGCACAAAAAUAUAGCAUAUUAAUGAGACCAAAACCUAUCAAAUGCAAUAAAGUAAUAUUGGUGCCUGUAUUGUCUCUUUAAGUAUGUGUGUUGAACACUCAGGAAUUCUGUCCUUAUACUUGCAGCGUCCGUGAACUGAGAGGUGAGCCAGGCGCAGUGUGUGAGGUUGAAGUUCCUGCUGGUAUAACUAUUACAAAUGACAAUGGAGCCAAGAUUGGUAAGCAAUAUUUUUAUUUGUAAUACUUUGCGUUGGUGACAUUCAUUAUUUAUAGAUAAGAUCAGGGGAAGUUAUUUUUGUUUUGUAUAUGUGUAAUGCACAAUCAAAAUAUCUCAUGUAUUGCAAGAGUCUGACUAUCACAACAUACUCCCUGUGAGCACAAAAGUCUGUGUAAAAAUGGAAAAUAGAUGUAGCGCUAUAUUUAGUAAAAAUGGAGAUAAAAAGGUGAUACCUUACAGAGUCUUUACCAAUAAAAUAAAUCUUCCCAAUUUGAGUUUCUAAAAAACAUAAAGAAAAAACGGAACGGACAUAGUGUAUACCGUAUAAUACAAUAUAAUAAUAGAAUUAAAAAGGAGUAAAAUCCCACUCACACUUUUUAGAGCUAUAAAAUAAUAGCUCAAUUUCAGCGCUCUUGGGGUUCAGUAAAGGCGACCCUCACCCUUCUUGAGUUUCAGUGCUUCUGAUGUUCUAUUAAAAUGAGACAGAACAAAUAUGGUGCAGUACCGUUGGUCUUUAAAGGAGGAUAAUAAACCAAGAUGGGGUACUUACAAACUUAGAGCCAUCCAAAUCGGCUCUGAUCUGUGCAUUUAUGUGGUUAAGGUCCACACACCUUCUUUAGAAAAAAUGUAGCAGGGAUGAUGCCAAUAAUGUGUAAAAGUACAAUAUUUAUUAUAAUAGUAACAUUAUAAAAUAUAUAUAUAUAUAAGUAUAAAAAAUAUAUAUAAAAUAAAAUUGGCAUAUAAAAAAUCCAAAGUCUCACAGUCUUUAUUCCAGGACGCGUUUCGCCUAUAUCGGCUUCCUCAGCUGGAUAAUAGUGAUGUAAGCAAUAUUUUUAUUUGUAAUACUUUGCGUUGGUGACAUUCAUUAUUUAUAGAUAAGAUCAGGGGAAGUUAUUUUUGUUUUGUAUAUGUGUAAUGCACAAUCAAAAUAUCUCAUGUAUUGCAAGAGUCUGACUAUCACAACAUACUCCCUGUGAGCACAAAAGUCUGUGUAAUUACCCAUUUGCCAUGAAUUCUAAAUAUUGAUGGCAAAAGGGUAAUUAUAUAUGUGGUUCCAUAUGUCUUUUUAUUUUGGUGUUUUUUUUUCUCUACUGUACUAAAAGAUCCCCUUUCAAGUAAAAACUGGGGUGGGGGGAGGAAUAAUGUGAUUUCUUUGCCCCUUACUGGUGUAUAUUUAAUUGUAUGCAUUUCACUUGAUUUUAUGUUUACAAAACAGUGUUGGGCAAGGUCAGGAAGCAAACCUGUGUUCAAGCAGUGAUAUCUUUUUAGGCCCGGUAUAUUUAAUGAUAUAGUAUAUGAUGCAAGCUCAGUCAAUUUACUAGUUUUGCAUAGUUGCCAGAUGGGAAUCACAAUUGCAACACGAGCACCUAUUAAAACAUUAACUUAAUGACGGCAUUUAGCUUCUUACUGCCUUGCAGUCUGUGUUUGCUGCACACUGUUUGAAAAUCACUGCCAUAUAUAAUCACCCUUUUUUUUUUUUUUUUAUAUAAUUCUUUAUUUUUGGUGUGCAGGUGGUCACAAUAGAUUGACUGACAGACGCCACAACAGCGUAUUUCAAGUUGCAUACAAGUUAGCCAGUGGCAUGAUAAUUUGCACAAUUUUUAUAUUUAACAUGCUUAACUAGACAGUUAUUUUGUCCGAGUAGGGUUAGGUGAAAUAAAAUAAAACAGAAACGCAAAUACAGAUAUUGGAUGCUUAACAUUGCUAGUUCACCAAUGCUAUAGUAGUUGUACUAUGGGCACAUUUUAAAUCAGGGCUGUAUCUGGUUAUGUAAUACUGUAUAGAUUCACUGAAAACCUAAAUAUAACUCACUAAUCUUUUGAACGAAAAUGCUAGGUCAACACUUAUAAUAAAUGAUAGCAGCAGUAGAUAACAUCAUCAUAGGAAGUGUCAGUGGGUGAGCGAAACAGUGAGGUGUAGUAAACAUGCUAUGGUGACUGACUUAGUUGUCGGCUCCACCAAAUGUGACAGCAAGUGUGAGUAUGCGUGGCGACAUAUACUUAAGCUGUUGCUACGCUUUUCAGUUCACGACUCUAGAGAACUAUAGCAUGGUCAGGUGAGGUCUGUUAGUUAUAUCAAAGUGUGUAAGCCACCAAAGCUGCAGCUACAAGUAGGUCGUAAUCAGUGUGUUAUAUGUGUGCAUCAGUAGCUUGAUGUGUGUGUUGCCUUUCCUUUAGUGAACAUGCAGGCUUGAUGUGGUCUAUUAUAGUAAGGUUGAAAGCACAGCAGGGCAAUACAUGAAAAUACAGUAAAUGUAUAUAGUAGAGGGUGCUUGUCUGCAUAAAGGGUCUUUCUCAUGGGGCCCCUUGUGAUAGGCGUGGGAGUCCGGUUGGCGUUUGCCUGUGAGUAUAACUGGUGCCUCACAUGUGGUUAGUCCAGGUGUCCGUCAGCCAAUGCUUUUCAGGGGCAUGUUAGAGUCCCACGCGGCGCAGCCGGUCAGCCUGCCCAAUUUCGUGAGUCCCAGCGAUGAAGUGCCUGGCUGGUAUGUCAGCCGUUGGAGAGCUUCCAGCUUGUCGUUUUGUGUUGCCGUCUGACUGUGGGUCCUCCAGCCUGAUUCAUGGUUGCAUCUCUGCUUGGAACGGUACAGGCGGGCCCUCUGCCCAGAAGAGUGGUGGGAGGCUGGCAAGGCUGUGGGCUGUAUAGCGGUGGUACCUGGAGGGGUGAGUACCCAUUGUGCUUGUGUUCCAUCAGUUACUGCGGGUGUUCCGCUGGUUCGUGGCUUGGGUUUGAGUGGUGCUUUGCGAGCUGCUCUCAGCCGGUGUGCUGGGUAUUUCCCGCCUCGAGGCCAUUUUGGGCUCUUCAUCCGUGCCAGGAUUGCAGGUGUCCAUCGUCUGUUUAGUCGCUUGUUUGGUGGCGCCGGUGAAGGUGAGUGCUUGUUUGGAUGCUGUUGAGCCUGGAACUGCAGCCUCUCUUCCAGUUUACUCCAGAAUAUUGUGAAGGCUCUGUCCAGUCUGACCUCUAUGUCCGCCCAUAUUGCUGUAGUGUCUGGGUUCCUCGUGGCGUCCGCCAUGUUGGCUGUGUUGGCAGACGUGCUCUUAGUUAUAGCCCCGCUGUUCCUCGUGUGGUGUCGGUCAGAGUAGUUCCCCAGGGUUAGACCGGGAUUACCCCCAUUGGUCCAGGGGGGGGGUUGCAGGGUACCUGCUCUACAUGAUGUGCCGCUUAGGGCUGGGAGGUCGGCCAUCUCUCCCGCCUGGUGGUCAGCGUGCCGCAUGGCUCCACGUGUGCCGCUCGUUGACUUCGGUGCAGCUUCUGUCCUCGGUAGUUUCUUGUUGCUCCGUGCUAAGGUAGGUGAGGCUUUAGCUGGGUUUUGUCUCCGGAUAAUUUUGGCUAAAAGGCUCUUUUUUGGCAAUGAUAGUGAGGAGCUCAUGCAAGAUGCGUCUUUGCUGCUUGACGGUCAGGCCCCGCCCCCAUUAUCACACAUUUUUAUUGUAAAAUAUAUGUCUGAAAUCUACUUACUAAGCUAGUUGACUGCCUUAUCAGCAAUCAAAGUUGUGACUUUCCAAAACCUAAUGCACAAGCGUGGUAGUUUAAUGAUGGAGUGCUGGCUUUUACCUCCUGCUUUGUAUUAAAAAGUUAAUGUGACAUUGUUGUAGUGUUGGGAACAUUUUGAAUUGCUGAUGCUGCUCUGUGUUCAGUCCUGGGCCAGUUGCUGGAACUUGGCUUUUCAGAUGCCAGUUUGUUUCAGUAAGAAUGUCUUUUUUUUAGGAGAGCUUGAUAAAGCUGGAGACCGGUUACUAGUUGCCAAAGGUGGCUACGGGGGCUCGUUCAGGACCAAUUUCACACCCUCCACAGGGCAGAAAAAAAUAAUCCGUCUGGACUUGAAACUCAUAGCAGACAUUGGACUAGUAGGGUAAGUAGAUGUCCCUCUGUUAAAUUACUCCAGCUAUGUAAAGGUUUCAGAAUAGCACCUGUUUUGAAUUUUAAAGGUAUACUCUAGGCAUUAUAAUCACUACCGUUUGUUGCAGUUAUGGUGCUAGCAGAAUACUGCUGCUCCCCUUUUUGUGUCAGCCUUUUUUUGGGUGGUUUGACAAAUACUGUGAGGUCCUCAAACGUCUACAUCCUGAUCCCCCUUGAAGAAGGCUAGACGCCAAAACAUUGGGGUUGCUGUAUCUCCUGCUCUGGUUUAGUUUGUCUAUAUUGUUAUGGGUUUGUGGGAUUUCUAACUAAGCACUUAUCUCUAUACCUGAUAUGCUUUCUAUGCGUUUGUGAUUUAAUGUUUACAUGCCUAUGCUGCUGACUGCACUUUUCUUGUACCAUUUUUAUUGAAUCACUGGAUGAAUAAAUCUUUUUAUAUGCAGACUUAAUCUGGUGUGCUUUGGGUUAUUAUUUAUUGAGUGCAGCCCUCACCAGUCACUGCACUGUGCCAAUCAGCGUCUCCUGAUAGAGAUACAUUGGAUCAGUGCGUCUCUAUGGGGUGAUUUGGCAACUUCAUGCUGAGCGUUUGCCUUUGCAGUGCAUACUGGAAUUCUUCUAUGAGCAAUGUGUAAAUUGUGGUCUGCCUACAAACAUACCACAGAUUAUUCUAACUGUGUAAUUUAUAACACUGUCUCACAGACACCCAGUCACUGUAUGUUAUAUACUGACAUCAGAACUAUAAACUACAUUCCUUAUAUUAAAUACAUAUAUGUUAAGGCUUUAAGCUGUACUGCAGCUCGUACCUCAAGACUGCAGGCGUCUUCAGUGAACCACACCCUCUUUAUAUACAGCCUAACCUGACCAUCGGUUCCAGGACACUAACCAACUUUGCCUUAGGUAGUUUGUACAAGCGUGUGUGUGUGUCACAUGCAGUUUUGGAAUAACAGUAUAAAGCUGAAAUUUUAUAGUCAAUAAUGUGUCAUAUUUGUAUGACAGAUACUCUUUACAUUUGUGCUUUUAGUUUAUAGUCCUUUUUAAAAUUUAGUUAUAAAGAAGUCCGAUAAUUGUUCUGAAAACCAAAUUCUUUAAAGAACUGUUUUCUAUUGUCUCCCACAGUAAUGUUGAUUAUUCUAGAUUAGAAUAUGAAAUAAUAAACACUGUCCAUUGGUUUUGUUUGUAAUAAUCACUAUUUUAUCUUUCAUCCAUAAUUGUUUUCCUUGUAUCAGUCUCCUUUUUGUGACCUGUCCUUUGAUGUGGAACCAUUACUAAAGAAUCAUUUUUCUUCUGCCUAAUUUGCAAAUAAAUCCUCAAUUAAUCAAAGUUCAGUUUAAAUACUCAUCCUAUCGUCAUUAUGUUAAUGAAUGCUGUGUAUUCUCAGCCUAUUUCCUGUCUAUAGUUCCUUUUAAAAAAAACAACAACAAAAAAAGGUAAAAUAUCCUAUUUAAUGGCUGUGCAUAAGGUAAGCCACCAGCUGCUGAGAUAACAAGACACUUAUUACUUUUUCUUCUUCUUAAAGCAGCACUGUAAUCUCCAAGUUCUUUGUUUAAUUAAAAAUAAAGGGACAUGUCUUCUUGCAUGGGAGCACGUGAUGUUGAGUAGUGUAGCAGAAAUUGACAGAUGUUCUUCCUUGUGUGCCAUUGCACGUUUCAUUAAAACUUGAUUUUAAACGGAGUAUAGCACAUGGUUAUAUGGAAGCCCCUACAAGACCGUAAGAAAGAUUUGUAUUUUAAAGGAGGUCUAUUGCUCUUUAAUAGCGUUUCCAAUGGAAAACAUAUCAAAUAUAUUACAGUAAAAUGUCCAGUUCUGGAUUUUAAUCCACAAUAAAACUGUCAUGGCUUUUAGGCUAGCUAAGGAUUUGUAUUUUAUGCAUAUACAUAUAAAAGAAGUGUGUUAACAGGCUGCACUCCCAAGCACCACUGCUUAAAAAUGUAGCUUUUGUUAAUACAUUUAUAGCAUACACAGCCCAGUUGUUGUUACUGCGAAUAAUCUAUUGCAUUGUUGCAGGUUUCCAAAUGCUGGUAAAUCCUCCUUACUGAGCAAAAUUUCACAUGCCAAGCCUGAGAUUGCUGAUUAUGCAUGUAAGUUUUAAUUUGUCCUAUGUGUUUAGUUUGAUCCUUCAUUUGUGUUACUGUCUAGAUCAGGGGUGCUAAACCCAAGAUCCGUGUGCCAUAUUUGGCCUGCUUGACAAAAGAGGACAUAAAGCGGCUCCUCAUAGACCUAAGGAAGGCCAAGGUAGUCCGUACCGAAAUAGGAGUGGUCUACCAAAAGGUUCAGAUAUUAGAAGUGCGAGAGGCCUCCAAAAACAAGAAAUGUCAAGCCACAAAUGACAAACUGGAAGGACUUACCUCUCUGGUACAACAGUUGAGCUGGGUGGUGACAGGCUGGAGUUGCACCGUAGGCAUAGGAACAUGUGCCUCAGACGCAUCCCUGAAAUUGUCGACAACGCAAAGCUCUUGCAAUAUGUCCACGACCUAAUAACUUCCAUGGGUAUUAGGAGCAGCUCUGGAUUAUCAUAAUACCAUACAAUAAUUGCCGAUUGUCAUCUGGAGCACUGCUUUCAAUUAGCUACCACAAAAAUUGCUUCCAGAAUAUGUAAUUCAGAUCUGUGCAGUAAAAUUAAAAUUGCGCAGAGUGCCAGCUACGGAAAGGUUUAGACCUGAACAGGUUAUAGAGCUACGCUUUUUGCUAGUUAUUGCAGUCUGAAGCAGCUAUAUUCUGGGAGAGAGGCACAGGAUGUUCCUUGCUCCAUACCAAUGGGAAUAAGAUGUGUGGCAGUUUGGUGGGGGAAUACAUAAAUAGAUAUCCACCUUUUCAUUCUUUCUCUGUUUCAGUCACAACAGUGAAACCUGAACUUGGCAAAAUUAUUUACUCGGAUUACAAACAGGUGAGAGCAACGUUGUUUUAGCCGUUAGUGGGCAAUGCAGGUACAUUCACUGUCUUAUUAGAAGAGGUAGUGGUUAGCCACAGUAAGCAGCAUCGAAUGUCUGUAUUUAAAGGCAGAGAACCAACCCGGAAUGAUUCUUUUCCAGUAUUUAUAGGGAUGACCUUGUCUUUUAUUUUGUCCUUCUUUAAAAUCUAGGCACCUGGGGUUCUCUCACCUGGGUUUUCUUGGAUGCUGUAGUUACAUUAUCUGGGAAAUACUUUACUCCCAAAAUAAUAUGGCCUUGCUUUUCUCGGCAGACAGAAGAUUGGUUAACUAUGCAGCUGAGAUCAGAUAGCGCUAAGGUUAGCUGUAAUAUAAUGAUAUUAUGUGUAACUCUGUGUAAUGUCUUUAUUACUCUAUAUAGAUUUCUAUAGCUGAUCUCCCAGGUUUAAUUGAAGGUGCACAUAUCAACAAAGGAAUGGGGCACAAAUUUCUCAAACACGUAGAGCGGACCAAACAGCUUCUUUUUGUGGUAUGUGGAAUACUACUCGUCUUACUUGCUUUUAAAGGGACACUCUUGGCACCAUAAACACUGAAGUUUACUGUACCCAUAUUGCCUUUUGUCUUUGGCACCGUCCCCUGGUUUAAUGGCAAACAUUUAAGAAGCGUUUGAUAUAACCCUGGGCUCUUCGCAGCUCCUGAAGACACCCUCCUAGGUUGUAUUUAUAAUUCUCAAUUAUCAUAACUCCAUUUAUCAAAGUUCAUUUUUUUUUUAAUCUCUUCUCUGCUUGAUGGGCAGAGAGUGCUAUGCAACCCUGCCCCUAGCACUCCCUGCCAAGCACCACUAUAUAAGUUCUGCUCAGUUCUAGAACCAUGGACUUGUUUCAUAUUUCUGCUGUUGCUGAUCAUUGCCAUAUAGUGUUGUAGCAGGCAAUUUAUUUUCUUUAUAUCCCCAAACACUCUCAAAUUUGAUUUAGACUAUUCAUUUAAAAAGUACAGUAACAGUAGGACUCAAAUCUUCAACUUGACCUCUCACCGUCAGUGCGUGGAAAUCCAAGUCUAGUGAUCGUUACAUUAGAAGAGGUUUUACGAUGGCUAUAAAUGCCUCCCAUAUUCUUUCAGUGUCCAUUUCUCUGCAAUGUUUUUUUUUAAUUGUGCAUCUGUUUAUGGGAUUAAACUCCUUGCACUGUUAGCUUUCUCUUUAAAUGCCGGAUAGCAUGAUGAAUCUACUAAGCAAGCUAGUUGAAUAAAAGUCUCUCUGUAAAAGACAUAUUGAGUUCAGGGUUAUCCUUUAAAUGUAAUCGCAUUGCUGCAUGUUAGACAAUCAAACGUGUUGUGUUAUUUCACCCUGUAUUUGAUGCCUAUUUUUGUAGAAGAUAAAUGUAACUAAAACAUGGAUUUACAAAUGGCAAUAAUUACUAGUCUGCACAGUUUAAUUUAUUCACUAUAACUAUUCAUGUAUUUUGUAGGUUGAUGUGCAAGGUUUCCAGCUGUCAUACAAAACACCAUAUCGAACAGCGUUUGAAACCAUCCAGUUGCUGACAUUGGUGAGAUUUGACUUUACAACUACCUGCAGUGUAACAAAAAAAACAGUUAUUGUUCUAGAUUGGAACUUGUCUGCACAUUAGUCUAUCUCUAAGAAAAGAAUUAUAUUUUUAAAGGGUUUUGCAUGCUCCUUAUAAAUCCUGAAUAAAGGCCCCGUCUGUGGCAGAGGAACUGAGCAGACCAAGUAACUGCAAAAUAAAUCAAAUCUGUAUAUAAUGAAUUGGUAGUAAAGUUAGUAGGUUUGAUGGUGGUGGUAUCUACAGCAGAAUUAAAAAGAAUUUUCAAACCUGUGUCAACAGGCCCUGUAUUUGAUUUUAGAAGUGAAUGUAACUAAUAUACCAGCUCUACUAAACCAUUGGUACUUAAAGGGACUCUACAGUCACCAAAACAACUUUAACUUAAUGGAGCAGUUUCGGUGUAUAGAGCAUGCCCUUGAAAUCUCCCUGCUCAAUUGCUUCUUGGACUAAUUCUUCCUCAUUAGCCCAAGCAGCACACAAGGGAUUGUUCAGCAUUAAAGGCAUUUAAUGCUGAAAAGAAGGACUACAGACACUAUAACCACUGCAAUGAGGCAAAGCAGUUAUGGUGCCUACAGUGCUCCUUCAAGUAUUUCUGUAUAUACAUUUUUUUCCACUGGUUGUAGUUGCCUUCAGUAGGCUGUUUACUAUAAUGACAGUGCUUUACUCAGUGCGGUAGAGACCCCUAGGCCAACGGGAAGAGUCUAAGGUAUUUUGCAACAAUUACCUUUAUGUUCAUUAUUGCUCUUGAAGAAUGGAUCACUGAAAUAAGGCCAUAAAUAUAACUUCCCUGACAAAACAAAAGCAAGCAUCACAGGGCAAUGUAAGUGUUUUUAAAUCUACGCUGCACUCCUCACCUUAGUUACAGUAAGUACCUCAGUCGAGGUUAUUUUGGUGAGAAAAUUAAAAACUUUAUAAAUUACAGUUCUGCCUGAAUUUUUAUUUUGAUUCCCACUGUCUCAGUAGCUAAAAAGAGAAUACUAUCAGUUUUAUAAUAGGCUGUCAUUAACUUUGUAUAUAUGAUUGUUGAAUAUAGUAAAUGUUGUUUUUUUUUGUUUUUUUUUAUAACAUAAUUUUAGGAGCUGCAAUUAUAUAAGAAAGAGCUUCUAACCAAACCUGCCUUACUUGCUGUCAAUAAGAUGGACAUUCCAGAUGCUGAGGGCCAUUAUCAAGAACUGCUACAACAACUUGCAAAUCCGAGCGGUAUGUCUAAUAGGAUAUUACGUUGAUGUGUUUGCUCUUCCUCUGUAGAGUCCUGCCAGUGCUUAAAUAAAUAUCUUUGGACCGGCCUAGUCUUGUAUGGAUUAAUUAGAAUAUACUACAACUGCUUGUUCUGUGUAGAGACUCUGCUUUGAUGACCUGCAUAAAGAUUAGGAGCAUCUUGUAUAGACAGAAAAAAUUGUAGAGUGUUCUAAAUAGUAAAGUGGGAUAAAAGUAUACUAACCACAGAGAUCAAUGGAAUGUCCCCCACUGAAUCCAACUCACACCAGUGUAAGUAGGCAAACAGUUUUUCAAUGGUUUGUGGUCUGCCUGGCACCACGCCACUGUUAAAGUUCCUAAGCAGGGUUUCCCAUUAGCUCUCCGGAGCUGAGCCCGGCACUAGUGACCACACCACAAACCCGCAUUAGUAGUGUAGGCAAGGAGCAGAGCCCAGGUAAGAAGUAUGACAGUUCAAAACGGUUUGACUCCUUUCCCUGUGGGGGAUAGGGGUACCAGGGCACUCCUAGUACAAUACCUAUCACAGCAAAAUGUUUCUUGUAGUAUUUUUUAAGGAUUGUUUUUAUGGUCUGGAAUUUGUUAUCCUUUAUCCUGUAUUUAUUAUUGUGUGAAGAUUUUGUAUAAAUGCAGCAAUAAUUAUCAAUUAUUCUUUUUAUUUUGUUUUCUUUCUAGAACAUCUGCAUUCAUUGCCUGAUGACCUCAUUCCAGAACGUCCAGUUGAAUUCAAAUAUGUUCUUCCUAUCUCUGCUGAAACUGGUCAAGGUAUAGAUGACCUUAUGCAUUUUAUUCGGAAGUCAAUUGACGAGCAAGCUGAACUGGAAAUUCGGGAGUCUGCGAAAGAGAAACUUCAGAGCCUUCAAACCAUGCCAUCUCGACCUAGGAAAAACAAACCAGCAUUGCGUCCAUGAUGUGCAGUAUUGUGAUAUAUACCGUGUAUACAAGUGUAAGUUAUUGUACAGAGUAACUAAAUUACAUUAAAAUAGAACUUUUAAUACAAUAAGUGACGUCACAUGAGUGAUGGUGUGUGUGUUUUUUUCUGAAUAGCGUUCCAUAUUGUUUAGCGACACUGAUAUCAACUUUGCAUUCCAGCAAGUGUUGCUCUGUUAUUUUAGAUUUGUG